AAAAGAUAUCGCGGAUUGAAAACUAACAAUGAAAUAUAUUGUAUUUUCUUGUGUCACUUUUCUGAUUUUGGUCCAGGCUUGUAAGUUUAAAAAAAAAAAUUAUUUUUGCUCGUUCAUUUUUUUAAAGUAAAGACAAUGUGCACGAUCACAGCUAGGUUUAAAAUUGAUUGAACAUUUUUAUUCGUUCAAAGUAUUUUUUUUUUUUGAGUAAACAGAUCCUUACUCUUUUUCAUGUUGAUCCAAGUUUUUUGUAUGUUCAAUUUGAUCAUAUGAGGCUGCCGAAACUAAAUAUUGUAAGAAUUAAGACAAACAAUUUAUGAACUUCAGAUAUACCUCUUGAAUCCCAUUGUAAUGCGUUUAGUAAGCGAUUGUGUUUUAAAUGUGUAAUUUAAAUUAAAAUGUGAUUAAUCAAUCAAAGAAAGUUUAAAAAUAAAAUAAAUAAAACUUAUCCCCAUCAACCACUAGUAAUUUACGUCGUAUGUCUGGUGCUAAACAAAAGGGAGACAACCUUUGGAAUAGUCCUGCAAUUACAGAAUGCGACUUAAGGCCAUUUUUAAACCCUCUAUAUUAUUUUCAUUAUUCUUUGUGUGUUUGUUUAAGGCGAAAUCUUCCGACGGUUAACUGAUACACUUCCGGUCAUCCUAUCGAGCUGACACUUUGCACAAAGACUUGAUGCCAAUGACAUAACACUUUAUGAAGUUUUCAGCCCCAGCCCCACUCCAUACGACAAAUAAUAUGUUUUACCUUUUUUUUCAAGACGAAGAUGAAAGCAAUAUAAUGCAUGAUUUCUUUUAAGAACAGUAGCCAUCGCUUAUUUGUACAAAAAUGCACAUAUAGAAUUUGUUCGAAAAACUUUGUUUUUAGAGUUUGUUUAAUUGAAAUUUCUGAUAUAGACACGGCAAUGAUUAGCGCCAUUACAGUGUAAAAUACAAAGGUAAAAGAUGUGAAAAUAAGUCAGAUAAGAGAAUUGAUACUUUACUGUCUACAGUACAUUGAAAUAAGAUUAUGUUUUAUUACCUAAUGGCUAGUCAUAAUAUUAUUAUUAUCUUUAAAGAAAUGACAAUUUUUGAGUUUCUAAUCCAGCGUCGCUCAGAACAAACUUCUAAACUAAUAAAAGAAAAAUAAAAAAAAAAAGGGGGGGGGGGUGAAUACUGUUUUAGAAAAGUAGGUAAUAGAUAUUUGUAUUAAACCCCCCUUCCCCCCCCCCCCCCCCCGUGUAAUUAUAGUUCUAGCUCAAUUCGUACUUUCAACAAGAUAUUCUUUACGUAUCCAAAUUUCUUUAUUUGAUAAUUAAACCUAAUCUCCUCCCUCAAAAAUAAAACUAAAAUAAUGCAAAGAUUGUGUACCACCAUGUUUAUGCAAUAAAUAUCUUUAUUUAAUGUAUAAAUAGAACGAUUAUUAAAAUAUUCAAUGUUACAGACCGUUACAUUAUUCUUUUUACAAAAGAUUUAACAUGUCAAGAGCACAGAUUAUGUGCGAAGCCCCAUCUAACUGUUUUAUUAUCACCCAUUCAUGCAUAAAUAUUUGUUUAUUUUGAGUACGACGAUAAAAUAUGAUGCACAUUUAUGUUUAUAUAUUGUUACUUUAUCUUCUGAUAAGAUUACAAAAAACUUUAAAAAAAAUAAAAUGCUUAUCAUUAACUAACCACAAGUUGUCAUAAAUGUUGCCCUUAACUUGUGGGCGGCCAUUGAGUCAAUUAAUCACUUGGAUGUACAAAGUAAUAUUAAUUUCUUCAGGUACGGCUAACCUUCCAAUUUGUGGUGAUGUUAAUAGGACUUUGGUUUGUAACUCAACUGAAUAUUCUGGAACAUGCAAUGACUCAAAGUGCGCCUGUGCUGCUGGGUUUGAAUUAACAGGUCAAGAAACUUGCAAGCGUAAGUUGUCUUUUUAUUUAAGGGGAAAGAGAAAGAAAGAGCAAGAGGGAGAGAGGGAGAGAGAGAGAGAGAGAGAGAGAGAGAGAGAGAGAGAGAAUGAGAGAGAGAGAGAGAAAUAGAGAGAAAUAGAGAUAGCGACAAAGAGAGAGAGAAACACAGAAAGAAAAAGCGAUCGCACUUAAAGGAUAAAAUAAUUUUUACCUGUUUUAGAUACAUUUCUAAUAAGUUGUCUUUUUAUUUAAGGGGAAAGAGAAAGAAAGAGCAAGAGGGAGAGAGAGAGAGAGAGAGAGAGAGAGAGAGAGAGAGAGAGAGAGAGAAUGAAAGAGAUAGAGAGAAAUAGAGAGAAAUAGAGAUAGCGACAAAGUGAGAGAGUAACACAGAAAGAAAAAGCGAUCGCACUUAAAGGAUAAAAUAAUUUUUACCUGUUUUAGUUACAUUUCUAAAACGUUCAUAUCAAAGCAAAAGUCGAGUCACUACAAUUUACAAACAAUAAUUAACUGCUGUGAGGUCAGUGUUAAUGAAAACCGAAAGGAAUUUUAUAUGGAGUUUAUUAAAGCUAAAAUCAUUAUAAAAUGACUGCCGUGUCUAUGACAAUUUGCCACUGCUGUUGUUUCACCGGCACGAUUUCAACGCCACCAUUUCACCAGCGCCGUUCAACUGACGAUGACAAAGAAUUUAUUUAAUUCCAAAGUGAUAAUUUCAAUACACAGGUAAACGUUUAAGAAGAUCGAGAUAUUUGUGCAAGAAUAAAUAAUUAGUUGUGGGUUUUUUUUGUUGUUGUUUGUUCCGCAUAACCUCUUAUGUGGAUGUAUUAAAAUAACGAGUUAAUGUUUUAGAAGUUAACAGUUUCUGUACUUUUCAGUGCCCCCAACUUUGAAAAAUGCACCGGGAAAAGAUCCUUCUAGACAAAGGUCAAAUGGUUGGCUGGUUGAUGGGAGGUUUUUGCGUGAAUAUUAAAAAAGCAAUAUUUUAUGUUUUUUUUUUAAAAAAUAUAACCACAGUGUCGAGUACAACAUUCAAUUAUCUAGGAACGCCACAAUCUUGGUGUAACGAGAGAUGUUAUGACGAAGAUUUGGACGUAGGUCGUCUUGUCAAGGUUACCAAAAUACCUUUAAAUAAUUGGAACGCUAUUUUGUUAAUUACGUUAAAAAGGAGUACAGAAAUAUAUAGUCUAAUAAGACUGUAUCACAAACUCAGUGAACAUUGUCUGGUUACUUGAUAGUUCGUUGACAGACAUUUCACUGGCGCCACUACAUUGACGAAUAACUGCAAAGACAGACACUUCAUCAUCAUCAUCAUCAUCGUCAUCAUUGGCGCUACAGCCCCUGUAGGUGCCCUGGCAUGCUCCACCACAUCUUUCCAUUCGGAGCGAUAUAUCCAUCUCCACAUCGUCGAUCCACCUCAGUCUUGGGCGACCGGUGAGUUGUCUGCCCCUAGGCUUCUGCCUGCAUAUCACUUUUGCUGCUCUACAUUCCGGCAUCCUUUCAACAUGUCCUUCCCAGCGUAGUGUGCCUUUUUUAUUAUUGUGGCUAUGGGUGGGUCUUUGUACAAAUGGUAAAGUUCUUGGUCCUUUUCUAUCAAUGGGCCGUAUAUUUUCAGUAGGAUUUUCCUCUCCCAUGUGUUGAGCAGGUUCUCUGUUUUUCUGGUAAUGGUCCAAGUCUCACUAGCGUACGUUACUACUGGUCUUAUGAUAGUGGUGUAUAUUGUCUUCUUUGUUCCCCUUGAGAGGUUUUUGCUUCCCGGUAGCUUUUGUAGACUGAAAUAGGAACGGUUGCCUGCUGUUAUCCUUUCUUUCACCGCCAACAUUAUGUCAUUGUGCACGUUUAUAGUUUCCCUUAGAUAUGUGAAUGUAGCACUCUCUCAAAUUUGUGGUUGCUAAUAUUGAUGUUAUCAUCAGCAUUGGAGUUUCUUGUUAUUAUUAUAUAUUUUUACUUCAGUUCAUUUAUAUCAAGACCAGCUUUGACUGAGGCAAUUUCAAGUUCCAUGAAUGCUUUAAUUAUGUCAUUACGGUUUCUAACCAGUCUCCUUGUCUGAGGCCCCGAUUAACUAGGACCUCCCUUGAGUAUUAUCCCUGCACCUUGAUUCUACUUUUGGAGUUGGCCAUUGUCAUGUGUACUCCAAGUUUUUGUAGACCGUUGUAUAAUUAGUUCCUGUUUACGCUAUUGUAUGCUGUUUUGUAAUCCACAUAUAAUUGGUGUAUGUCGAUGUUAUAUUCUCAGCAUUUCUCCCGGCGACAUCUUAUAGCAACAAUAUGAUCCGUUUCAUGGAUUGAAAUUUCAUCUUCACACAACUCAUCAAGAGAAAACAAGUAUUGACAUGGACACUUCAUCGACAAAGUCAUAAUAAAAAUCAAUUGAAUUUAUUAUUUAUUGGUAGAGUUAAGCAGAUUCAUGUUGAAAUCUUUAUACAAAUCGAAAGCAAUAUCUUAACAUUAGAAUUAAUACAUUACAUUUUUUGUCUUCUUGUACAUCGAGAUUGUGAUCAUAAUUACUACAUGACAAAUAAAGGCUUUUUAAAAUAACAAUUUUAAUAAUUUCAUAUGAAAAUCUUAUUUAAAUUUUUCAUCCAUUAGUUGAGUGAUACCCAAUUCUUUAAUAUUCAGUAAAGGUUGUUUAAUUGGCUGUGCCAUCCUUCAGUGGGAUUGUUUAGUUUACGAAAGUCAUUUGAUUAAAUCUUCAAAUUGAUUCCUGAUAUCCAAUGGAAACGUUAAUUGUGGACGCCUGUUGUCACGCACGAUCUAACGAAUCCACGUAUCUACAAACAAAUCGAACAACAGCUUAAGAAUGUUUUCAUUUCAUUUUUAACAAAUGCCGUACUAGAACGAUCUCCAAACGCCUGCGAUAUCGUGAACUGGAAAGGUCAAGGUUAUUAUUGAUUUUUUUUCUCUAAAUGAAAUGUCCAACUUAAGAGAAACAAUCACUAAUUCUAAGAUUUUAUAAUUCUAAGAUCCUCAACAUAUUCUAAAAAUUGUAUCGAAGACGGCUGGUAAUAAGUCUGUCAUAACAAUCCUUGCGUUGAGUCAUUGCAUAAAGUCAUUGCUUCAAUACACGCUUAAAAGUUUGUCUUGUCUAGUUGAGAAAAAUGAUGUAAGCAAAUAGAGGGUGGCAACAACUUUUAUUCCAUUGUUUGGUAUCGGUGGAGUAGACAGUCCAGGAGAAGCUUUAAAUGAACCUUAACUAAACCAACAAUAAGCUGACUGAAAUGCAUCUAGAUUUCAUUGAUAAGAAAAAAAUAGUAAUCGCUCUUGACCCACAGACCUACCGAAAAAAGAAGAAAUUACUCCACAGAAAUUGAAUUUAAGUAUUGACGAGCUAUAACAUUUUCCAUAAGAUGAGGUUAAAAUUGUUGUAGAAUUUGCCUUCCUUCUGAUUCGUAUGAUUUUGCUGGGGAAAAAUGUAAUGAAAGCUUCCUGAACUGAUUCUUGAGUCCUGCAGUGGAUUGAAAGAGUGGUCAAAGCUUAGUAGCGUCCCAUCCUAUAACUUGUUUCUAAAGACCCCCCCCCCCACACACAAAAAGUGUGUAAGGGGGGGGGGGGUGGGCUCUGAAAAUCUUUUUGAUACAUAUUGAAGAGGAGAAAUGCUUAAAGGUCUCAGAUUGAAAGAGUGGUCAAAGCUUAGUAGCGUCCCAUCCUAUAACUUUUUUCUAAAGACCCCACCCUCCACACACAAAAAGUGUGUAAGGGGGGGGGGGUGGGCUCUGAAAAUCUUUUUGAUACAUAUUGAAGAGGAGAAAUGCUUAAAGGUCUCUUUAAAAUGGGGUAAUAAACUCAAGAGAUAUCACAUUUUCAAUAGUUAAAAUUGUGCGCUAGCAAAAUAGACUGAACAUCAUAAGUUUAAAAUCCGGCAAUAAUUCUAUCUGGUCUUAUGGCGUAUGCUUACUAAGUUUUGCCUAGAUUUAUCAAUAACGUAGAAACAUAAAUUCGUCUUGUAUUUAUGACAAAAAUUUCUUCGUGUUUUAGUGUCAGCCCCAGUGAUCACAGGAGUAGCGGACAUCAAUAAUUUAUUUCAGAAGAAGGAUUACAAUUUGUUAUGCAGUACACAUGUGAUCAAACCAAAUGUACUUACAUUCUCAUGGAGGAUUAAGUAAGUGAGCUUCUUUCACAAAAGAAUAUUUUAGUCACAAUUUACAUUUUCAUAAACAAUUAAAAACCUAUUUAAGAUGUUUAUAUCAAAUCUGAAUCUGAUUGAAUCUUACAGAAUGUUGAUGAAACUAACUGAAUCUGAUAUAAUAUGAUGUAUACUGAGAUAAUCAGAUUGAACCUAAUAGAAUGUAAUAGGGUCUGAAAAAUCUGAUUGAAUCUGUUGAUAUUUCAGUGGUACUGUCACAAAUGUGAAAGAUCAAAAUUACCCCAUAAAGGCAGCGAAAGAAUCAGACGAUGGCGAAUACUCUUGCACUGCAUCUGUGGGCGGACAAAACGCCAUAAGUGAAAAAGUCACUUUAACCUUUAAAAGUAAGUCCUUAAGUCAAAGAGAUUUAUAUAAAUAAUUCAUCUUCAACAAUAAGACGAUCAAUAUAAGUUAUUAUUAUAGAUAUAUUUUAUAAAUUUAUGUAAAUGAACGUUCUAAAAUAAAAAUAAUGAAAAACCAUUAUGAAAUGCAAUUAAUAUUUAACACGUUUUUUUCAAAAAAACAACAAAAAAACAAAAAAAAAAAAAACAUUUUAUUUAAAUCAAUAUAAGUUAUUAUUAUAAAAAUAUUUUAAAAAUUUAAGUAAAUAAACGUUCUAAAAUAAAAAUAAUGAAAAACCAUUAUGAAAUGCAAUUAAUAUUUAACACGUUUUUUUCAAAAAAACAACAAAAAAACAAAAAAAAAAAAAACAUUUUAUUUAGGGCCUCAUUUUACACGAGCCGCACACAAUGACAUUAGUAUGCCUACCAAUUUCAUUUGGUAUGAGAGGAAAUUCAAGCUAAAAAGAAUGUUUCAAGCCAGCUAAAACGUAUUUAUGACAUAUUAAGAAUGAAGACUUAAGAAUGAGCUCUAAAUAUGUAUAUAUGUAUUUAUCAAAGUAACUCAGCCACAGGUUUUGUUAUACAAGGCAAUGGUUAAAAGUUGAUUUCCUCAACUCUUAAAAAUUAAUUAAGUGGAUAUCACGUGAUAGCAAAAUUUUUGUGAUUCAAUAAAGUUUUACACAUUAAUUUCUAGUUUUUUUAUCUGUAACAGAUUAAAAACAAACUACCUUUUCAUUAAUUCUCAAUAGAAUUUAAAGUAGUCCAUAAUCAUAUUUUAUAUUUGCUAUAUCAUGUUUUUCCCCUACAGAUGCUGUUUCAGGUCUCACUGUGUCAGUAUUGGUCCUUGCAAUGGUUUUCUUAACCAAUUUAAUAAAUGCUGCUUAAUAUGAUAGCAAUCACAGGUUUGACUAAAACAAGAUUGUAGUUUUUUUUCAAAAUCUUAGCUGAAACACGUGAUUUUUAAAUCUUUUUUCAUGAUAAAUUGUAUAAUUUUUCAUAUUUUAUUUUUACAACUUAAAGAUUCAAAUGAUUAACAGGCCAAGAUGGAAAUUGAUAAAUCACAACAACAGCAA